AGCUUUCUGCGGCUCGAGCGCUGGAAGCUUCAAGCUAAAAAAGCUCUUCAAGCCACAAGGAGAGAAGGUCUACCGCCACCCGGCCACAGAGAAAUUCGACCGAGAUGAAGAAGACGGAAGACCUUGAAGUGGACGAGGUGGUCGACAAGUGUCUGGAAGUGAAGGGAGGCAAGCCUGGUAAAUUGGUCCAGAUUCCGGAGAACCAAGUGAAGAGCCUUUGCACUUCUGUCCGAACAAUCUUCUUGGAUCAGAGUGCUUUGCUGGAGCUGGAAGCUCCUUUGAAGAUUUGCGGCGACGUGCAUGGCCAGUACCAUGAUCUCCUUCGCCUUUUUGAGUAUGGCGGCUUUCCACCGGAGAGCAACUACCUUUUCCUUGGUGACUAUGUGGAUCGCGGAAAGCAAAGUUUGGAGACGAUCAUCUUGCUUUUCGCGUACAAGGUGAAGUUCCCGGAGAAUUUCUUCCUCCUGCGUGGAAACCACGAGUGUGCAUCCAUCACCAGGAUCUAUGGCUUCUAUGAUGAGUGCAAGCGCCGGUACAACAUCAAAUUGUGGAAACAGUUCUGCGAUGUAUUCAAUUGCAUGUCGGUUUGCGCCAUUAUUGACGAGAAGAUCGUUUGUAUGCACGGCGGGCUCUCACCUGAAAUCAACAGCUUCGACCAGGUGAAGCGCAUCACUCGCCCUACUGACGUGCCGGAUACCGGUUUGAUUUGUGACCUUCUCUGGGCUGAUCCUGAUAAGGACAUUUCAGGCUGGGCAGAGAAUGAUCGCGGAGUAUCAUUCAUUUUUGGUCCAGACAUUGUGGCGAGCUUUUUGCAGAAACAAGAUAUGGACCUUGUCUGCCGGGCCCAUCAAGUAGUCGAAGAUGGCUAUGAGUUCUUUGCGAAACGCCAGCUCAUCACGCUCUUUAGCGCCCCCAACUACUGCGGAGAAUUUGACAAUGCUGGCGCUAUGAUGUCGAUCGACGACACGCUCAUGUGCAGCUUCAAAGUGCUAAAGCCCGUGAAGAAGAAGUGAACGAAGUCGUGAGAUAUAACGAAAUUCGAGAGAGCUGUCGUGAUCUUGAUCGAUGCUUCAAGA